AUGGCGGACAUGACCAUUGACAUCCCCCAAGGACGCUUCAGAUCUCUGCCAAGAUCUCAAUCCCGCCGUUCCAGUCGCAACCUUCCAGCCAACUCGCAAGAUAUGGACCAAGAAUCGGCCAAAGAUCGUAAUUACACUGCGCAUCACCAUAAUAAUGCUGGCCAGGAGACCUACAACAAGUCAACCACUCCCCCCAACGGAGAGUUGCUCACUGCCCCCAAAAACGAUUCGCGCGCUCCACCCAACAAAGAGUCGCACCCUUCCCCCAACAACGGGUCGCAACCUGCCCCGAACGACAACGACGAGUGGUCACCUCGCCCCUCCGGGUACGAAAGAAACGCGACUCUUACUUCGACCCAGUGUUGCUCAGCCGACUGUUUUCCGGGGAGUUGUCAGGCUUCAACUCAGAGGUGCAGCCGUCGUCGAUUUCAACACAAGACCUGCCUCCAACCAAGCGGAUGA